AUGUUCACUCCACAGUCCAUCUCACAGCGGUCUAACGGACUACAUUUCAAACGCCCCGUCACCUACAAAACUACCAUGCUGCAUCCGGUGAUGUCUGUGUCCUCCAGAUCGUCGCAGGAGGAGUCUCUGAUGACUGUUGGCGAAAGUGUGUCCAGUCUGUCGAUGCAGGAGCAGCAGACGGAAAGCGACACCGAUGCUAGCCACUCCGACAACGAGGAAAAUGACAAUGUCGAUAGUGUCUCUAAUUUCGACAAUCUAUCCAACUCGAUCCAUCUCAUUUCUCUUAACGAAGUGGACGAGCUUCUGGAGGACCACCAGAGCACCAUCCAGAGCUCGCUGAACCGCGGACUCACCUGUACCAACCUCCCGGACCACUCCAUUAAGUCUGGAGUUACCCGAUCGACCGUUUCGACAGUCAGACCCACCUCCAAACAACACCAUCAGCCUUACAAGUACAGAUCGCUUCUUCUUCCAUUUGAGCCCUCGCGCGGCUCCCGAUCGAUGCGUCGAAAGAUUGGCGGGUCUCGCGGCUCUUCUUUGGCCUCCGUUCGUCGAAUCUUUCGCUCAACACACCAUCUCCAGCCCCACAAGGACCUCAACUCUCUGCCCCACGAGAUUAUGAGCAAGAUUGUGUCGCAUCUGGACCAGCGCGACGUGACCAUGUGUCUGUACGUGAACAAAAACAUGUACUCGACUGCGGUUCGACAGCUGUACAAGGAGCCGUUUUUCUCCUCCACCUACCGAUUUGCUCAGUUUGUCACCCAGGUAUCCCAUAACGAUGAACUGGCGUCAUAUGUGCAGAAAUUGGACUUGUCGACGAUUCGACCGGGGUUCGAAAGCGACGAAGAUGACUCGGCCAUCUUUGAAAACGAGCCGAUCGAAGACGACGCCGUUCUGGCGGGCUGGAGAGACUGGAAACUGAGAGGCGAUCCGCUCUACUCGCGCCAGUUCAAGCGACUGACUAAGCACGUCAGCAACUCGAGCUCUUCUCUGUCGUGUUCUCGGACCUCGUCCAACUCCAAUUCGUCAACCGAAUCCAAGCCAGUCAAAAAACGUCGCUCGGUCACCACCGCCAUUCGAGAGUCGCGCAUCUGGCUGUCUUUCUACAAGAAAAACAAGCUCUAUCAGGCUUCGGAGGAGGUUCUGGAGGCGCUGCGAAAGCAGAAUAGUCCGCUGGUGCGCCCCAAAGUGCCCUUUUCCACCGCCCAUCCCAUUUCGUCUCCGUUUCUGCGACAAUACAGCACUUCCAAAGACGUGCCUGUGGGUCAUCUGAUUCAUGUGGUGGCUGCAUGUAAGAAUCUCACCGACAUUGACAUUUCGUUUCUGCCGCUCGCCGAAGACUAUGCCGUCGCAGGCUCUUCUUCCUACCUGCCCACGGCGUCUUCGGGACUCCUUUUUGUCUCCGAUGUGGCCAAACUCUACACCUGGAAGCCUGACGAGAUUGUGCCUGUUUCGCCCUCGGAUCUGGUGGUGGCCAUGCUGCAGCUGCGUGACUUGCAGGUCUUGAAGUUGCGCAAGCUCAUGUGGGUCAAGAGAGACAGCGUGGUGCGAUUGGUCAACGAGAACAACUCGUUGGUUCACUUGGAUCUGACCGAUUCCGGCCUGGUCCGAGGAGCGCGGUGGGCCAUUGCGGGGAGUGUUGAGGAGUUGCGACAGACCCUUAAAUAA